AUGUACCUAGGCCUACCUAUUCACGUGGGACAUGAUAAAACAACUAUAUUUGCUUACUUGAAGGAGAGGCUUACUAAGAAGUUGAUCAGUUGGAGAUCCAAGAUUCUUAGUGCAGGGGGGAAGGAAAUUCUUCUUAAAGUUGUGGCUCAGGCUCUUCCAAACUAUGUUAUGAAUUGUUAUUUACUCCCCAAAUCCCUCUGUGAUGAUCUACAACAACUAUGUGCUCAGUUUUUUUGGGGAAGCACUGAUGACAAACUCAAGAUUCACUGGAGGUCGUGGGAACGCAUGUGUAUACCAAAGGAACGUGGGGGCUUAGGUUUUAAACACCUUUACGCUCAUAAUCUUGCCAUGUUAUCAAAGCAAGGGUGGAGGCUUCUGUCCAACCCUAACUCCCUUGUGCCUCAGGUAUUCAAGGCUCUUUACUAUCCUAAUAGUUCCUUUCUCACAGCUAAUUUGGGAGAUAGGCCGUCCUAUUCUUGGCGUAGUAUCAUGGAAGCCAGACCAAUACUUCAAUCUGGCUUAUUUUGGCGCAUUGGUAAUGGCCUUUCAGUUAAUAUAUGGGAAGAUGAAUGGAUCCCUAAUGUGGCUGCUCACUCCAUAGCUCGACCAUCAGACACUGUUUUUGAAUUUGUUUCGGAUUUGAUUGAGGUUAGUAAUGGGUCAUGGGACCAAGCAGCAGUUUAUGCAUGUUUUGACGUUGAGAUAGCCAUGCACGUACUCUCCAUUCCCUCGGCAGGAGGUUCGGGUCCGACAAGGUUGCUUGGAAGUAUGAUAAGAGGGGAUGGUUCUCGGUAA